CCUUCCACACAGAAACACAAUGGCAUGGAUUUCCUUCAGCAUUCAACACAGUCCCAUUUUUUGACCUCGUGACGGAUCCAUCCUCGCCUAUUUAAGACAUCACCCAUAUUCCCUCUUCUGCACAACUUUUAAUUGAAGGAUCAGAGAUGGAGAUGAGCAAAGCAGGAGAAGGAGGAUCUGGAGCCAACAUUGCAAAUUAUAGUUACGAGAGCAAGAAAGCCAAGGCCUGUGAUUUGCUGUUGAGGGUUUUAGGGUUGGUGUUCUCUCUUGUUGCCGCUGUUCUGGUUGGCAUAGAUAAGCAGACGAAGCUGGUAGAUCUCAAGAUCUCGGAUGCUUUAACUAUCAACCUUCCUGUUCCUGCUAAGUACCAUUACGUGUCUGCCUUCGUGUACUUUGUGGUGGCGAAUGCAAUAGCAUGUGGGUACGCAGGGGUGAGUGCUGUAGUAGGAGGGGUUGCAAGCAGAGGAGGAAGAAGAAGCAGAGGACUUGAAGCAGUGAUGAGAGUGAUGGACUCAGUGAUGGGAUUGCUGUUCUCAGCCUGUGGAGGCGCCAUAGCUGUGGGAGUGAUUGGCUUCCAAGGCAAUUCCCAUCUUCAAUGGCACAAAGUCUGCAAUGUCUUCUCCAGAUUCUGCCAUCAAGUCGCUGCUGCUUCUCUUUUGUCUCUUCUUUCAUCCUUAACCUUCCUCCUCCUCCUCCUCCUUCCUGCCCUCAGGGCCAUUUAUUAGUGCUCAUUUCCACUCUGUUUCUGUCUCUCAUUUGUUGUUUCAACCCAUUAAUAAACUUUCAUAUUCUCUUCU